AUGGCCCGCAAACUCACCAAGCCCUCCGCCACAUCCUCCCCCACAGCAACCACCAGCACCACAUCCCACCCGACGGCGGCAGCAGCAGCAGCGACGACGACACCGGGCCUGCCCCGAAUCCUCACCGACGCCAAGCCCCUCCCGCGCCUCGUCGUCUUCGACCUCGACUACACCCUCUGGCCCUUCUGGGUCGACACGCACGUCUCCCCGCCCCUGCGCGCGCAGCAGGCCGCGCCGCAGACGUCCGCGGCCCUCGACCGCACGGGCGAGUCCUUCGCCUUCUACGACGACAUCCCACUGACGCUGCACGCGCUGUCCCGCGCCGGCGUGAGGCUCGGCGUCGCGAGCCGCACCCACGCGCCCGACCUCGCGCGCGACAUGCUCAAGCUGCUGUACGUCCCGCCCGCCAGCGCCGUCCUGCCGCCCGCGCACGAAGCAGUGCUGCUCCCGGACAGGUCCGCGGGAGCGGGAGGAGGAAACAGUAGCAGUAGCAGUGGCAGUGGCAGUGGCAGUGGCAGUAGUAGUAGUAAAAAGGACGGCAAGCCGCGCCGCGCGCUCGACUUCUUCGACGGCGGGAUGGAGAUCUACCCCGGCAGCAAGAUCCGGCACAUGGAGAGCCUGCAGAAGCGCAAUGGCGGCGCGGGCGUCGCGUUCGCCGACAUCCUCUUCUUCGACGACGAGAGCCGCAACCGCGACGUCGAGACGCUCGGGGUGACCAUGUGGCUGGUGCGCGACGGCGUGUCGUGGGACGAAGUCGAGAAGGGCAUCCGCGAGUGGCGGCGGCGGAGGGGCGUUGUCUGA